CAUUAUUUGGAACGAUUUCAAAGGGCCAAAAUUUAAGAAUAAAGAUUUUAAUUUUCAUCCUUUCAAACCAAAUUUUCUCGCGCUACUCCACGCAUUUCCUGUAGCUCCGCCCACCUGUUGGGUCUGUACUAUAAAAGCACCGCACGGACUGCUCGCUCGCAGUCCGCUCCGAGCUUACCUGUCAUCAAUCCGGAUAAAAUAAUUAGCACCAUGAGACUACUAGUGGCAGCCAUUUUGUUCGUGUCCGCCAUCUUGUGGAGCGACGGCCUCGAGCUGAGCCCGCGCCCGCGGCGCCCGGAGCGCUUCGACACGGCUGAACAGAUCUCCAACUAUCUGAAAGAGCUGCAGGAAUACUACUCUGUGCACGGCCGGGGCCGUUACGGUAAAAGACAGAUGCACAUAUCGGACGCGUCGGUAAUAUUCAAGGAGUUCCCUUUUUUCGACCACAGCCUUCAGAACCUGAACGACGAUACAGUAUUUAAGGCCCUCGCGUACCAGUAAAAUGAUGACUGCAUUAGACUUUCGCAAUAUUGCCGGAAAUAUUGCCGAUGUAUAAAUAUUAUCAAAAUAGUCGGAAAUAUUGCUGAGGUUUUCUUAGAAUUGUAUAUGUUAAAUACGUUUCCUGGUAUACAUUACCGUGUAUUUUUUGUUAAUAAACAUAAACAAGUGAGUAUUAAGCAAAGAUUUUUGCGAAGCAUAAAUAUGAUGACUAUUUUUGUUGGUAGUAUUCCCGACGAUUUUUUUGGAAAGCAAAUUAUAAUUUGUAAUACUACUUUAAAAAAAAUAGUUUGAAUAAACUGAAUUAGCACUGACGUGAACACAAUAACGAGGGUGUGUCUUUACAAACGUCAUAUUUUCGUUUAAAAAUGACAUUAAUGACGACAUUGCCACAAUUUGUCAUUGCCAAUGCCGUGCCGUUUUAGUUUGGUCCGACACUAUCAACGAAGACAUUACGAAUACCCGUAAAUGUAUAACAAAUGAAGAUACUAAAAUAUACAUGAUCUGUUUGUUUAAAAAAAACUUUCAAUAAGGUUUUAAUUUAAUAUUAUUUUCUUUACACUAAUUUGAUUUUUGCCAUAUAUGUCAAUUGAUUAGUAAUUUCUAGAAUGAUCUCCCUGGAAAUAUUGCUAGCAAUAUAAAACACCUUAAAUAUUGCAAAGGCUCAAAAAUUAUAUAUGGUUAAUACAAUUUAUUAUAUUUUGUUUUAUAAGAGUGACUAAAAGAAAGAAAUUACCUAAAUCAAUAUUUAAAACUGUUUUCAUGAACUCUUACUGUUGCAAUAAUGAAAGAUAUAAAAUAGCAAUAUGUAUUUGUUAAUUAUCUACAUAUAAAUUUUAUUUGUGGGACAUAAAAUAAUGUAUAAUUUAUUUUAGCAUUUGACUAAAAAUUCGUGUAAACCUACAGGUAUCUGAAGGUGGACUUUUAAAAUUAGCCGUAAGGUUGCCCAAUGGAUGAUUCUGACGCAAAUGAUAUAUUUGUUAUUAUUAUAUACUAUUGUCAUAGAAUGUUUGUUGAGUUUUAUAAUAAUUUUAAAACAAAAAUGUAAAAAGCAAAAGUAAUUUGAAGUUUUAAAGAAAAUUUAACACAUGUAAAAUUUACAAUAAUUGAAUAAUUUUCUGUAAACAUCUACGAGUAUAAAUCGAUUAUUUAUUCUAGUCAAUUAUUGCUACCUGUCUAGUCAAUUAUUAUUUUAAUAUCCCUAAACAUAAUUUACAGGCUGGGUGAUAAAUUAUUUUCAGGGAUUUAAUAAUUCGAAUAAAAUGUAGUGUAAAAUAUGAACAGUUAUGGGUUAGUUGUAAUUGUAUUCGAAAAUGCAAAAGUUUCAAAGUUA